AUGGCACUUUCCAGUUUCUUUUCCUUCAACAAAAACUCACAAGAAGCAAACAGUGGCGAAGGCUCCAAUGAGGAAAACAAGCAACCUAUUGGAUCUCAGCCUUCUGUCGGUGAUAUGAACCAGUCAAUCUCCUCUCUAAACUCACGAUCAGGGUUCAAUUCAAAAUUCCCGGUAUCAGUGAUAUCACCGCCCUCAACCACCGCCAUCACCACUUCUAAUGCUUACGGUCAAACAUCAAUCAAUGGCACUUUCUCCACCCCUGCUGCCUCGAAUUUCGAUACUACAAUGACUUCGCCAACCACGAUGAUGACCAGCAAUAACAACUUUGGUAAUAACGUGAACCCAGAUUUUUACCUCUCCUCGCAAUUACAUCAUGCUCAGCAAAACUACCAACAACAGAACCAAGAUAUGUUCUAUGGUGACCAACACAAUAACCAACAACAGUUUGGAUUUGCUCAAAAAACCCAGGCUGUGGCUCAACCAGCUCCGAUUGUUCCAACAACCGCUAUCAAGGUUGACACCGAAGAGCCAGAUAUCCCUAGAGGGGUGCUUAAAGUCACAAUUAUUAGAGCCCAAGGCUUGAAUGUCACUCCUACAUCCAAACCAUACGUUGUAUGUACUUAUGAAGCGGCAGAGGCAAUCACUACUGCCCCAAAAGAAAAUGAGAAAUCCAACAACCUUAUGGUUGACAAUUCUCAAUCUAAUUUCUUUGGUACCCAACCCCAGGCAAUUAGAAGAAACAUCCAACGCCCAGUUUAUACUAGACAGUCCUCAAAUCAGUUUAUGCACACUUCAUCUACGACCAUUGAUGCAUCUAAUCCAAAGUGGCAACACCAAGCCUCUUUUGAUGUUAUUGGCGCCAGCUCAGAGUUGGAAAUUUGUGUUUAUGAUGGUGCGAUCGAUGCAUUUUUGGGAAAGGUAAUAUUGAGACCUGACACUUUGUCAAACAGAUCACAUUCUGGUUGGUAUAAUUUGGCCUCUAAUAAUGAAUAUGACCAAGCAAGAGGUAAAAUUCAAAUUGAGUACAACUUCAACCCAGUUAAAAAGAGACAUUACGGUCCAGAUGAUUUUGACAUCAUUAAAAUGUUGGGUAAAGGUACUUUUGGUGAAGUCUUCCAAGUUCGUAAGAAGGACAACAAAAGAAUUUACGCCAUGAAAGUCUUGGAUAAAAAAUAUAUUGCUAGAAAAAAGGAGAUUGCCCAUACUUUUGGUGAGCGUAACAUUUUAAUUGCCGCCAAGAGUCCAUUUAUUGUACCAUUGAAAUUCACUUUCCAAACCCCAAGAGAUUUAUAUUUCAUCUUUGAUUACAUGGCAGGUGGGGAAUUGUUUUUCCAUUUGCAAAAUGAGCGCAAGUUCGGCGAAGAGCGUACCAAGUUUUAUAUUGCUGAAUUGGUUUGUGCUUUGGAACACUUGCAUGACCAAGGGGUUAUUUAUAGAGAUUUGAAGCCAGAAAAUAUCUUGUUAGAUGCUAAUGGACACAUCGCAUUGUGUGACUUUGGUUUGUCAAAAUUGAACUUGACAAGUGAGGAUACUGCUAAAACUUUUUGCGGUACCACAGAAUACUUGGCACCGGAAGUGUUAUUGGAUGAAAAUGGAUACAAUAAAAUGGUUGAUUUCUGGUCAUUGGGUGUCUUGAUCUUUGAAAUGUGUUGUGGCUGGUCACCAUUUUAUGCCGAUUCUGUUCAGCAGAUGUACAAGAAUAUUGCUUAUGGUAAAGUGAGGUUCCCAAAAGAAGCAUUAUCGCAAGCCGGUAGAUCUUUUGUUAAAGGGUUGUUAAACAGAAACCCUAACCAUAGAUUGGGAUCAAAGGGGGAUGCUAAAGAGUUGAAAGCCCAUAGUUUCUUCGCCGAUAUUGAUUGGGACUUAUUGGUUCAAAAGAAGAUUGCUCCACCAUUCAGACCCCAUGUCAGUAGCGAGUUAGAUACCUCUAACUUUGAUCCUGAAUUUACUCAAAACGCAGGAUCAGCUCUCGGUAAUAAACAAAGAGUGGUCUCCACUCCUUUGAGUUCCAGUCUUCAAGCUAAUUUUAACGGUUUUACUUAUGUUGAUCCAAGUAUGAUGGACACCGAAAAUAACUAUGUUGGAACUUACAAGAAGAGUGUGUACAAAGGCCCAGGGUCUUUAAUUCCAGGGAAUCCAAACCUACCUCCAGAUGAGAAUGUCAUUGAAGAUGAUGAAGAGUUUAAUGAUAUAAUGGAUGUGGAUGAACCAAAUAUUAGAUCUCCGGAUGUUGACGAUUAUGAUGUGGAAUUGGUAUGA